GGCAGUGAAUGCGCUCGGCUGCAGAUGAGCACUGUAACUUUCCAUGGAAACUGCUGCAUUGAUUCUCUGCCUUUGGCUGCAGGUAAUUGCUUUGCCUCUUGCGAUUAUUUGGGGGUAACUAGAAGUAGAUUGUACGAAGAGUAGUAAAAUCCAUCAGUGCAUCCUUCCCUUUUGUGGUCUCUUUAAGAGCGAUUAUGUCAGUUUUUCAGCCCAACCUCUGUCUGUGCUUUCUGCCCGGCUGAUAUCUUAGCAGUGUGGCAAAGGAAGGGAAAAUGAAAGCUGUGUUCAUUUUUACAUCAUGCUAUCCAGUACAGUCCCCUACUGGAACUGCAGUGGGAAACCAGAAUGACUUCAGAAUUCACAUUUUCUCCUGGCCUGAUACAGUUAUGGACUGUUAACACUGUGGGUUGAAUUCUGAAAUAGAUGCAGCCCAGAAACAGACAAACAGAGUCUGGCUGGCCUAGCAUGGGUUAGGACAGUUUUCCUAUGCUCUCUCUUUAAUCAUUUGAGUUUUUUCCUACAAGAAGUGGCACACUCUUGAAACGUGAAAUGAGACAAGGCAGCAGACAGGGUCUGUAAUGAAGGUUUAUAAAAUUGCCACUGAUGCAUUAGUUCAGAAGCGCUGUCAUGCUGCUGUGCUUAAUGAAAGAUCAGUCGAGUAAAUUGUUCCUGGGAUUCAACUUAAUUACAUGCAAGAGAUGGAGACUCUGUUAUCAAGGUCUAAUAAAACAUCAGAUGGCUUUAAUGAAGUCAGUAAGGUGGCAGCUUUAAAGUGAAAUGUGCUUGAUUAAUAAUGGGAACGACAGUAGAUUUGCCCGAGGAGUGUUAUAAAUUCCGUGUCAGUUCUCCACUGCAAGGUGAGAGUCACCAUGGUUAAGCUGCAUUGGUGAGAAACUUUGGGUUCAUUGUCAGUGCUCAUCCUCUAAGGCUCAGGCUAAUGGGCCAACAGCUGGAGGAGAUUUCCUAUUGAAGGAUUGCUUUAGCCUGAAACUUGGCGUAUGACAUGUAGGGUGGUUUUUUGUAAUGCUUGCAAAGGAAGCCGUUUAUCCAGCUAUGUAAUUGAAACCAGGAGAUGCCUUGGGACGACAUGGCUGUGACUGCCACUAAAUACUAAAGCAUUAAGUAAAUAGAGAUGCUUAAAGUGUUUAGGCUUUGAUUUGACUCAUUUGAUAAACAUUUGGAUGUCUUCCGAUGCAUUUUUAAAAUACGUAUUUUGGAUUUCCAAUUUAAUCAGGAAGGCUUUAGAUUAGUUGAUGGGAGAGGGGAUCCUCAAACCAUCCCACUUUGAGGCUGGUGGUGGUAAUGGAUGCCCUGGGCCCGGAGUAGGAUCACAGAGCAGUAAGGCAGCACCUAAAGUGCAGGAUAAGGGAAACUCCUAUUGGUAGAUCAGCCUCAGUGGGAGCCCAACUCAAAUGCCUGUACACUAAUGCACGGAGCAUGGGGAACAAGCAAGGAUAGUUGCAGGUGUGUGUGUGCCUACAGGGCUGUGAUGUCAUUGGCAUCACUGAGACGCGGUGGGGUGGCUGUCAUGACUGGAAUGUGGGAAUAGCUGGGUAUAAACUCUUCAGGAAAAACAGGCAGGGGAGAAGGAGAGGAGGUCUUGCCAUCUACAUCAGUGACCAGCUGAAGUCUGUGGAGCUCCUGCCUAUGGCAGGGGGGUUGGAACUAGAUGAUCUGAAAGGUCCCUUCCAACCCAAACCACUCGAUGAUUGUGUGAUUUGGAUGAUAACUUGCCUUCCCCACCCAUGCUCCAGUUUUGUUUGGGGUAUUCCAGUUCUACUCACAAACACUGGAACUGGUGUGUUGUUUGGGGCACUUGUGCAUGCCUCCAUCGAGGCAGGGCGGCAGGCCAUCAGCUGGGGCUUCCCUGUGGACAAUAAUGCUUCUGGUGUAAGCUGUGAGCAGAAGACCUCCCAGCACACACUCUGAUGUCAGUCUGGCAUGUUUGAUCAAUGCUGCUUUCCAUUUGGAAGACGAAAUUGGCCACAAAUGGGAAGAGGAAAACCCAAUUUUCUCCAUCUAUUGACCUUGAGCUAAAGAUUUGCGCGUCAAGCUUUUUAUGCUGCUUAUCCAGAUGUACUGAGAGCUUUCACAUUGCUUUUACUUCACUGCAUUUAUAUCUCUUCUCUGUGGUGAGAGUGGGAUGCUCUGUGCAUUCCUUGUACUGAAAGCCGUGUGCCAGGAAGAGCAGAGCCAGAGCAGCCCUAAGGGCAGGCCCAGGCUACGGCAGGGAGCAGGACCAGCAGCAGACGCUGUGGAGUGGGGCACAGGGAUUUCUGACCCUCUGCUCCCGUUCUGGAUGCUUCCUGGCUCCAUCCAACACCAUCGUUUAGAACAGCUGUUAUUAUUGCAAUUAGGAGUCUCUCUUGCAUGGUCAGCGCGAGAUGUUUGGAUGUGGCUGUGAAGCUCCUGGUGGCUGAAGUUCAGUGCUGUACUGUCUGAGCUCCUGCAGUCAGGAGGAGCAGGCUCCCGUGGUGCAGGGCCGCAGGUCAUCGCUCAGCGGGGUGUGCUACCUGACCAUGGGUCUCCUUGUGCUGCUCCUCGGCUUGGUCUUUGCAUCAAUGUAUGUCUACAGAUACUUCUUCAUCACGCAGCUUCCCCGUGAGAGCGUGUUUCACUGCGGCGUCCUUUAUGAAGACUCGCUGUAUUCACCGUUCAAAGGGCAGCUGGAACUGCACGAAGAUGUCAAGAUUUACAUCGAGGAGAACUACGAGCAAAUCAAUGUCCCGGUGCCCCAGUUUGGAGGGAGCGACCCUGCAGAUAUCAUCCAUGAUUUCCAGCGAGGUCUAACAGCUUAUCAUGACAUAACGCUGGAUAAAUGCUACGUCAUUGAGCUGAACACCACUAUCGUGAUGCCUCCACGCAACCUCUGGGAGCUGCUGGUUAACGUGAAGAAAGGGACGUACCUGCCUCAGACAUACAUCAUCCAGGAGGAGAUGAUUGCGACCGAGCACGUCAGCGACAUGGAGCAGCUCGGCUCCUUCAUCUACCGCCUGUGCAGCGGCAAGGAGACCUACAGGCUGAAGCGGAGGAGCACCAGGAGACGUAUCAGUCGACGUGAGGCUGGGGACUGCCACCGUAUUCGUCACUUUGAAAACACUUUUGUGGUUGAAACUGUUAUCUGCAAAAAAUCAUGAAGCCCCUGUCCAGCUGUAACCUUCCGUGGCUUUGCUUGCACACACAUGCUCUCAGCCCUCUUUUUAGACUUGGUAAUCUGUCUUACUUUUUUUACGCCCUCUCCUGCUUGUGCAGCUCUAAAGCCUUGGGUCUGUCGUGGCCUCGCAGUUGAUUCUCUUCUCUUUUCUCCUUACUGAGAUGUUUUGCUGGGCUUAAAUUUAUGCAGCGGUCACAGAUGGCCUUGGAGUGGAUGCAGCCUCUUCCACCCCACAGGGUGGGGAUCUGUUUUGGGAGCAGGUUUUGGGUAGAAGGGACGACCAAGAAAUAGGAUGCUGGAAAUGGGCGCUCUUCUCAUGUCUGAGCAGUUUCCUGCUGGCACUGUUGUGAGGCUGGGGCAGAAGGUGUACUACAGGAGGAGAAUUACCAUUCUGAUGCUGAUGUAAUGACCAGAAUAUGUCAUCAGAUGGACUUAGAAUUAGAUGCGAGGUUACAAACACGGUGAUUUGGAAAGCUCAGCAGGAGGGUUUCUGCCCACGCUGAACUGUGGUGCUCACAGUUUGUUGUCCCAGUGAAGGCCAAGUUUUUGAACAGUGAAAGCAGCCCAUAUGCAUUGUUUCUGUGUCUAGCUCCUGGCUGAUUUGGAGUGGCAUACCUGGAACCAGCCAGGCUACCCUCCCUCAGCCUUCAAAAUAACAAGCAAGUGGUAUCUGCUUGGGGCUUCUGAGCUCAUCUGCUACGGCUUUGCCUGAGUAAAUAGAGGUGAGCCGUCAAUACAUGCUGCCAAAGCUCAGCUGAUGUCCCAUCCUAUGGGCUGCUGAUGAAGCUGGAUGCUUUAUUUCAGCUCACCUCUCCAGGCCAGCUCCUCCUGCCUGGAAGAUGAGUUAUGUGAGUUAUGUUCACAUAGAUCUGUCUUUCUGAGUUGUCAGGAUCCCAUCUGUGUGUGGAUGGGUGCCAUGCCAGCAUGCAAAGUGGUAUCAGCAGCGGGAUCAGUAGUUAAUGGCAUCUGCAGAAACAGGGUGGUUUGUUUUUUUUUUUUUGUUGUUUGUUUGGGAUUUUUUGAGAGCAUAUUCCCACAGAACUCCUCUGAAGAAAACCAUUUUGAUCAUAACUCCGGUAGCCCAGCUGUGUGUUGUGUCAUCUGUAGGCACCGCUAGAGAGCAGGUGUCGAUGCAAGGCAAGAUUCAGUGCAUCAAUAUACUGCAGAGAAAUUGUGUGAACAAAAUUGUGUUUCUAUUGAUCAUCAGAAAGAAAAAUUGCAGGGUACUUAAACAUUCUUCCCUCUGUUCCAUAAAUAUAGUUAAAACUAAUGAGGUUCUUAAAAUGCAGGCAGUUUUUUGGCUUGAAAGAACAGCUUGGCACAUUCUUGUUAAUUGGUUUUCAGCAAAUCUGGACUUGUUCAUCUGUUGAAAUGAGCUUGUUGUUUCGGGAAGAGAAAGGAUAAAGUAAAUGCAAGAACAAUCAUUAACUCAGCAGGACCAAAAAAAUUAAUGUAUUUGAGAGUCAAACUUCUAUUAGUAAUACUGUGAGCUAAUUAUAUGAAAACAAAACAGAACCUUAAAAUGAUCGCAUAACGCAGUAGCAAUUAGUAUGUCCUUAGAAGCUGAGGUUCUUAUUUUUUUAUAUAAAAAUAGAGUCAACCAUAAACAUUAGAUUUUAAUAGGUAGAGGAGGAGGUGCUGAUCACCUGCUUUUUAAGGUGGAUGUGAAAUGUGAGAUUGCAUGUGUUUCGUGCAGACCAGUGAGGAAAGUUUCCCACUGCCAGAGGAGUAUUUGCUUUUAUAGUACAGCUGUGUUUUUCCACUACAACUUGCUAUUAGUCCUAACCUUUCAUUGCAAAGUGAAUGAUGAGAGUCAGAGAAUCGGUUUGCUUGGUGGAAGUAGCACAAACUGGUAAAUUUAUGCCCUGCAUUUCUCUCUGUUUCCAGGAUCCUAAGCCUGCACUCAGGUGAGCGCUCAGACCUUUCCCCUUCCCUCUGAUGCUGCAUGAAUUAACUGGUCAUUGAAUAUGCUAACUCUGUGCAACCCCGCAGCUGUAAGGACAAGCCCUGAUUCUUUAAGGUGAACUAACAUGGUCGCUGUUUCAUAGGGUGAGAAUGCAGUUGUCUAGAAAGAAAACACAAGAUGCUUUGUAUAUUUUGUCUGGUAGAACCUUUACUUCUUAGGAAACAUUCAUGGGAUAAUAAAAUCUUUUACCUCUGA